AUGGUUGAAAAUAAAGUUGACUUUGCUGCAAGUAUAGGAAGAAUUAAUUUAAUUAAAUUAUUAAAUCAAAUAAGUGAAAAAGGGACAGAAAAAGCAGUUGAUUUUGCUGCAAAAAAUGGACAUCUUGAAGUACUUGAAUAUUUACAUUCAAUAGGAUAUAAAGGUACAGAUCGUGCAAUUAAUUAUGCUGCAAUUAAUGGUUAUCUUGAAGUACUUGAAUAUUUACAUUCGUUAGGUUAUAGAGUAACAGAAUGCACAAUUUGUUGUGUUGCAAAAAAUGGAAAUCUUGAAAUAUUAAAAUACUUGCAUGAAUUAGGGUAUAAAGGUACAGAAGAUGUAAUAGAUAAUGCUGUUGAAAGUGGAAAUCUUGAAAUAUUAAAAUACUUGCAUGAAUUAGGGUAUAAAGGUUCAGAAUAUGCAAUAGAUGAUGCUGUUGAAAUUGGAAAUCUUGAAAUAUUAAAAUACUUGCAUGAAUUAGGGUAUAAAGGUUCAGAAUAUGCAAUAGAUGAUGCUGUUGAAAGUGGAAAUCUUGAAAUAUUAAAAUACUUGCAUGAAUUAGGGUAUAAAGGUACACAAUAUGCAUUUAAUUGUGCUGUUAAAAGUGGAAAUCUUGAAAUAUUAAAAUACUUGCAUGAAUUAGGGUAUAAAGGUACACAAUAUGCAUUUAAUUGUGCUGUUAAAAGUGGAAAUCUUGAAAUAUUAAAAUACUUGCAUGAAUUAGGGUAUAAAGGUACACAAUAUGCAUUUAAUUGUGCUGUUAAAAGUGGAAAUCUUGAAGUACUAAAAUGUUUACAUUCUAUAGGAUAUAAAUGUACAGAUUAA